GUAACAUGGGACUCGCACUCUCUCCGCAUCCACUCCGAGCGCGUAAUGCUCAUGUCCGGCGAAUUCCACCCCUUCCGGCUCCCCGUCCCGGGCCUCUGGCUGGACAUUUUCCAGAAGAUAAAAAGCCUGGGCUUCAACGGCGUUUCCUUCUACACCGACUGGGGUCUCCUAGAAGCCAACCCCGGCCACGUCGUCACGGACGGGAUCUGGUCCCUGGACGAAUUCUUCGCCGCAGCCGCCGAGGCAGGGAUCUAUCUCAUCGCAAGGCCAGGACCCUACAUCAAUGCUGAGACCUCAGCGGGGGGUAUCCCAGGCUGGGUGCUGAAGAUCAAAGGCGUGAUAAGGUCCAAUAGCGAGGAUUAUUUGUCCGCUACGGAUGAGUAUAUGCGUGUCAUGGGCGAGGCGAUUGCGAAGGCGCAGAUUACGAACGGGGGCCCGGUGGUUAUGGUGCAGCCUGAGAAUGAGUAUACUACUUGGCCUGGGGUGGAUAAGGCGGUUUUCCCCGAGGAGAUGCAUAAGGAGGUUAUGGAGUAUGCGGGAAAGCAGUUAAGGGAGGCUGGUGUGGUCGUGCCCUCGGUUGUCAAUGAUAAUGAGAAUAAGGGGUAUUUUGCGCCGGGGUCGGGGAAGGGCGAGACGGAUCUUUAUGGGAUUGAUGCGUAUCCGAUGCGUUAUGAUUGUGGCAAUCCUUACGUCUGGCCGACUUAUCGAUUCCCAAGAGACUGGCAAUUGACGCAUCGCAAUCAUAGUCCGGAGACGCCGUUCGCGAUCAUGGAGUUCCAGGGUGGUUCAGGAGGUGGAUGGGAAGGAGUCAACGAAGACCAAUGCGCAAUUCUUGUCAAUAACGAGGCUGUCCGGGUCGUCAAUAAAAACAACUACGGAUUUGGUGUGAAGAUCUUCAACAUCUACAUGACAUACGGCGGCACCAACUGGGGCAACCUGGGUUACCACGGCGGCUACACAUCCUACGACUACGGCGCAGCGAUAGCCGAAGACCGAACAAUCUGGCGAGAAAAAUACAGCGAGGAGAAGCUGCAGGCGAACUUUCUGAAAGUCUCGCCGGCGUAUCUGACGGCCACGCCAGGGGUUGGUAAGAAUGGGUCGUAUACCGAUAAUGACAAUAUCGCAGUCACGCCGAUUCUUAGCGAGGAUGGUCACAAAGGGAAGGUGAGUACUAACUUUUACCUGGUUCGACAUGCGGGUUUCACUUUAACCGGGAAGGCGGAGUAUCGACUUCAGGUUCAGACUAGCAUCGGGGAUGUGACGAUUCCGCAGCUAGGUGGAAAAUUGCUGCUUGAUGGACGAGACUCUAAGAUCCAUGUGACGGAUUAUGAUGUUGGUGGUGUGAAUUUGGUUUAUUCCACUGCUGAGGUCUUUACAUGGGCUAAGGCUGCGGGUGGUAAGAGGGUGUUGCUGGUUUAUGGAGGCGAAGGCGAGGUGCAUGAGAUUGCCUUGUCAAGGAAGGUCUCAAAGCCGACUAUCUUGGAAGGCAAGGGGGUCAAGAUUCAAAAGAAAAACGCCUGGGUGAUUCACUGGGAGGUGACGCCAGCCCGACGCAUUGUUAAGGCCGGGAAUCUCGAGAUUCAUCUGCUCUGGCGCAAUGAUGCCUAUCAGCACUGGGUACUGGAGCUGCCGGUCGCAAAGCCCAUCGAGAAUUACAGCUCGCCCUCCAAGGAUACGGUCAUCGUCAGAGGAGGCUACCUGCUUCGGAGUGCAUCGAUCGCGGGAAAGAAUCUAAUUCUGACUGGGGAUGUGAACGCAACUACGCCGUUGGAGGUGAUCUCAGCACCCAUGAGCCAUCUCAACAGCAUCACCUUCAACGGGGAGCGUCUGAAGACCUCAAAGUUCAAGACUGGAAGGCUCACGGCAAGCGUUACUUACAACCCGCCCUCCAUCUCACUACCCACUCUGUCCGACCUCGAAUGGAAGUAUCUCGACUCUCUCCCCGAGAUCCAUCCCGAAUACACCGACGAAAAGUGGACGUCCCUCGAUCACAGAGAAACAAACAACACACUUAAACCCGACACCCCAACCUGCCUGUACGCCGAUGACUACGGCUAUCACGGCGGCUCACUGAUCUACCGCGGCCACUUCGACGCCAACGGCGCUGAAUCGUCCGUUUUUCUAAACGUCUCCGGCGGCGUCGGCUUCGGCCACUCGGUCUGGCUGAACCAAACCUUCCUCGGAUCCUGGACCGGCCGUGGCAGCAACAAAACCUUCUCUCAAACUCUCCCUCUUGCCAAUCUCACCGCAAAGAAGCCCUAUGUCCUGACCGUAUUGAUCGACCACAUGGGCCAGGACGAGGAAGCACCCGGCACAGACGCCAUCAAGUUCCCGCGAGGAAUCCUCGACUACAAUCUUUCAGGCCAUCCAAAGUCAGACAUUACCUGGAAGAUGACCGGUAAUCUGGGAGGCGAGCAGUACCGGGAUCUCGUGCGCGGGCCCAUGAAUGAGGGAGCCAUGUUCGCUGAGCGCCAGGGAUAUCACUUCCCCAAGCCUCCCAGUGGUAAAUGGGAGGCAUCGAGCCCGUUCAGUGACGGUAUCACCAAAGCGGGUGUUGGGUUCUAUUCGACUUCUUUCUCUUUAGACCUUCCAAAGGGCUAUGACGUCCCCAUGAACUUUGUGUUCAACGCCUCCUCUAGCACAUCUGUGUCUGCGCGAAACUCAGGCCACAACUAUCGAUGCCAGUUGUUCGUCAACGGGUAUCAAUUCGGAAAAUACGUCAAUAAUCUUGGGCCGCAAACCCAUUUCCCCGUUCCAGAGGGUAUCUUGAACUAUAAUGGGGUCAAUUAUGUUUCCGUUACUCUUUGGGCUCUGGACUCUGAAGGUGCCAGGUUGGGUGGGUUGGAUCUUGUUGCCUCGAAGGCUAUUUUGUCGGGAUAUCGGAAGCCAAAAGCGGCUCCUCAGCCGGUGUGGGGGGAGAGAGAUGGGGUUUAUUAGUGGGACCUUUGACUCGGAGAUGUUUU